CAAAGCUAUCAUCUUUUUCAUUUCGCAGCACCGAUCGCAGGGAAAAAGGCGAAGACGACGACAUGCACUUAUACAAUGCGUGGCUGCCGCCGCCGCUGGCAGAGGAAACCAAGAAAGAGAAACAAUCGUUUUCUCGGGUAGUUAGCUCCGUCAAGGACUUGUAUCGCCCCGAUGACCCCGAAUCUGUUUACUCUACUCUCAAAUGGAUUUCUGUCAUCGAGCUUUUCAUUAAGGCCAAAAGUGAUAUAUCUUUGGAAGAUGUAGCUACACUUCUACAAAUGGGAUUGGAAAUAUUCCAUAAGUCUGAGAACAAGCUUUAUGUACAGGUUAGAUGGGGGAAUAUCUUAGUCCGAGUCCUUAAUAGGUAUCGAAAGAAGUUGUCUUUGAAAGUUCAGUGGCGGCCUCUGUAUGAUACCCUUAUUAAUACACAUUUCACGAGGAAUACAGGUCCAGAAGGAUGGAGAUUGAGACAGCGUCAUUUUGAGACUGUUACUUCCCUUGUUCGAUCAUGCCGACGGUUCUUUCCACCAGGUUCUGCGUUUGAGAUCUGGUCAGAGUUUAGAUCUCUUUUGGAAAAUCCAUGGCAUAAUUCAUCCUUUGAAGGAUCUGGAUUUGUGAGACUGUUCCUUCCCACAAACUUGGACAACCAGGACUUCUUUUCAGAUAAUUGGAUUAGAGAGUGCAUUGAAUUGUGGGACUCAAUUCCCAACUGUCAAUUCUGGAAUAGUCAAUGGACUGCUGUUAUAGCUCGUGUUAUAAAGAACUACAGCUUCAUCAACUGGGAGAGUUUUAUUCCUUCCCUUUUCACUAGAUUCUUAAAUAUGUUUGAGGUUCCUGUGGCAAAUGGAAGUGGAUCAUAUCCUUUUUCUGUUGAUGUUCCUAGAAAUACGAGGUUCUUGUUUUCCAACAAAACAGUAACACCCGCAAAGGCCAUUGCAAAAUCAAUUGUGUAUUUACUAAAACCUAGUAGUUCAGCACAAGAGCACUUCGAGAAAUUGGUCAACCUCUUAGAACAAUAUUACCAUCCUUCCAAUGGCGGUCGCUGGACUUAUUCAUUAGAGCGGUUCUUGUUUUAUUUGGUGAUUACAUUCCAAAAGCGGUUACAACACGAGCAGCAGAACACUGAUAACAAUAGGCUGGCUGAACUUUAUCUAGCAAAAUCAGAAAGGAGUGCUUUUAUCAAAGUGAUGCUAAGGCUAAUUGAUCGUGGUCAAUAUAGCAAAAAUGAACAUCUUUCAGAAACUGUUGCUGCAGCAACGUCAAUCUUAUCCUAUGUGGAGCCUUCUUUGGUUCUUCCAUUUCUAGCAUCUCGAUUCCAAAUGGCCUUGGAGACGAUGACUGCCACACACCAGUUGAAAACUGCUGUGAUGUCAGUGGCAUUUGCUGGGCGUUCUCUUUUCUUCACAUCGCUAUCAACUCCUGAUAAGCCUGCAGAACUUGGUGGUGGUAGCGGUGAUGAUGUUUAUCUUGAUUUGCUUAUGAUUUCAUUGUCAAAUGCACUACUUGGUAUGGAUGCAAAUGAUCCUCCUAAAACCUUGGCGACGUUGCAGUUGAUUGGUUCCAUAUUUUCCAAUAUGGCUAUCCUGGAUGAUGAGUUGACAUUCAUGCCCAUGAUCCGCUUUUCUGAAUGGCUGGAUGAAUUUCUGUGCCGCCUAUUUUCUUUACUUCAACAUUUGGAACCAAACAGUGUUGUGAAUGAAGGUCUCCCUUCUUCGGCAACAUCUGGAACAUUUCUGGUGGAGGAUGGUCCUUACUACUAUUGCAUGCUUGAAAUCUUGCUUGGGAGGCUUUCAAAAUCACUAUAUAAUCAGGCUUUGAAGAAAAUUUCAAAGUUUGUGAGGUCAAAUAUUCUUCCUGGGGCAAUCGCAGAGGUUGGGCUACUUUGUUGUGCCUGUGUUCACUCAAAUCCUGAAGAGGCAGUUGUUCACCUUGUUGAGCCAAUUUUAUUGUCUGCUAUGUCCUCUUUGAAAGGAACGCCUGUUACUGGAUUUGGAGGGAGAGGACUGCUGGAUGCUUCAGUUUCAACCAAGGCAAAACCCUCUCUCUCUCCAGCUCUUGAAACUGCAAUUGAUUAUCAAUUGAAAAUAUUAUCAGUUGCCAUCAGCUAUGGUGGUCCUGCACUGCUUCGUUGCCAGGAUCAAUUCAAGGAAGCAAUUGUUUCUGCAUUUGAUUCCCCCUCUUGGAAGGUUAACGGAGCCGGUGAUCACCUUCUUCGGUCUCUACUUGGAAGCCUUAUCCUUUAUUAUCCUAUUGAUCAAUACAAAUGCACGUUGCAUCACCCUGCUGCUGCUGCAUUAGAGGAAUGGAUCAGCCCAAAAGAUUUUUCUGAUUCUGCACCAUUGACAGGUCCCAAGUGGCAUAUUCCAAGUGAUGAAGAAGUUCAAUUUGCUAAUGAACUUUUGAUUCUCCAUUUUGAAUCAGCUUUAGAUGAUCUUUUAAGAAUAUGUCAAAACAAGAUCCACUCUGACCCAGGCAAUGAGAAAGAGCACUUGAAAGUGACUCUUUUACGUAUUGAUUCUGUACUGCAAGGCGUUCUAUCUUGCUUGCCUGAUUUCUGUCCAUCUUCAAGAAAUGGCAUGAUUGAAGAUUCUAGUCAUACUUCCUUUUUAAUUGCUGGAGCUACAGGUGCAAGUGUUGGCAGUAUCCAACUUCGGGAAAAGGCUGCUGACGUUAUGCAUGUGGCCUGCAAAUACUUAUUAGAGGAAAAGUCAGAUGACAGCAUCCUAUUUAUUCUCAUCAUACGUAUCAUGGAUGAUCUGGGAAACUAUGGAAUUUUGGAAUAUGAUGAGUGGUCAAAUCAUAAGCAGGCUUGGAAGUUGGAAUCUGCUGCCAUUAUAGAACCUCCAGUAAAUUUUAUUGUGUCUUCCCAUUCUAAAGGAAAAAGGAGGCCUAGGUGGGCACUUAUCGACAAGGCAUACAUGCACAGUACAUGGAGAUCAUCACAAUCAUCUUAUCAUUUGUUUCGUACGAGUGGAAACUUCUCUCCAUCAGACCAUGUAACUCUCCUGAUGGAUGAUCUUCUAAAGCUCUCCCUGCAUAGCUAUGAAACUGUCCGCAUACUUGCUGGAAAAUCUCUGUUGAAGAUAAUCAAGAGGUGGCCAUCUUUGAUUUCAAAGUGUGUGCUCUCUCUUACCGAGAACUUGAGAAACCCCAGUUCACCAGAAUAUGAGGUCCUCGGCUCUUGUGCUGUGCUUUCAACACAGACAGUUCUCAAGCAUUUAACAACGGAUCCAAAGGCAUUCUCUUCAUUUCUUCUUGGUAUUCUUUCAAGCUCCCAUCAUGAAACGCUGAAAGCCCAAAAAGCAAUCAAUGAGCUUUUUGUCAAAUAUAACAUCCACUUUGCGGGAGUGUCAAGAAGCAUGAUAAGGACUGUGGAUAAUCGUCCAGAUGGACUGGAUUUUAUGAAUUUGGUUUCUCAGAUUGGUUCUCUAAGUUUUGAUUCUACUAGUUUGCAUUGGCGGUAUAACCUGAUGGCUAACAGAGUUCUGCUCUUGUUGGCCAUGGCAUGCCAGAAUGAUCCAAACUUCUCUUCAACAAUCCUGAGUGAAACUGCUGGUCACUUCUUAAAAAAUUUGAAGAGUCAACUUCCCCAGACAAGGAUACUUGCAAUCUCAGCUCUAAAUAUACUAUUGAAAGAUUCACCUUAUAAGAUGUCAUCUGAUGAUCAACCUAUGUUUUCUGAAAAUUUGCAAGAAAAUACAAAGUCAUCCCUUGAAGGAGCAUUAAGAGAAAUUUUUCAGGAAGAGGGAUUUUUUAGUGAGACCUUGAAUAGUCUGUCUCAUGUUCAUAUAAUCACUGAUGCUGAUGGCGCAUCUUCUAGAGGAAAUCAUGGAAACACUUCCUUUCAAAGCCUGGCUGACAAAUCAAUCACCCGUUUUUAUUUUGACUUUUCUGCUUCAUGGCCACGCACUCCUAGUUGGAUCUCAUUAUUAGGAAGUGAUACAUUCUACUCAAACUUUGCAAGGAUAUUUAAGCGGCUAAUACAAGAAUGUGGUGUACCUGUUUUAUUAGCACUUAAAAGUGCACUGGAGGAGUUUGCUAAGGCCAAGGAAAGGGCUAAACAGUGUGUUGCUGCUGAGGCUUUGGCUGGAGUUUUGCAUUCUGAUGUUAAUGGGCUUUUGGAGGAAUGGGACAGCUGGAUGAUGGUCCAGUUGCAGAAUGUAAUUCUUGCUCAAUCAGUGGAAUCAACACCUGAGUGGGUAGCUUGCAUACGGUAUGCAGUUACAGGAAAAGGAAAGCAUGGAACAAAAAUUCCUCUUCUGAGGAAACAAAUAUUGAAGUGUUUGUUGACGCCUUUACCUCCAACAGUAACCAGCAGCAUAGUUGCAAGGCGCUAUGCUUUUAUUUCAGCGGCACUCAUAGAAAUAUCCCCGCAGAAAAUGCCACUAACUGAGAUCCAACUUCACAAGGAACUUCUGAAUGAAUUGCUGAGUAACAUGUGCCAUUCAUCAGCCCAAGUAAGAGAAGCAAUUGGGGUUACCCUGUCUGUUUUGUGCUCUAACAUUCGGCUUUAUAUGUCAUCUGUGCAAUACCAUUCACAUGAGAGGGAGAUCACUGACGUUGAUAACCAGCUUAAGGAGGAAAAUUGGGUCCAAUUACUAACAGAAAGAGCAUCUGAACUUGUUGUGAACAUUCAGAACUCCAGUUUGUGUGACAUUUUAAAUCCAUCAGCAGAUGCAGAUACUCCAAAUGGAUAUCAAAAUGGUGAUUCACAAGAUGAUGUCAAAUGGAUGGAAACGUUAUUUCACUUUAUCAUCUCAGCCUUGAAGUCUGGUAGAUCUUCAUAUUUGCUUGAUGUAAUUGUUGGGCUCCUUUAUCCUGUAAUUUCCUUGCAGGAAACAUCAAAUAAAGAUCUGUCAACAUUGGCAAAGGCAGCUUUUGAAUUGCUAAAAUGGAGGGUUUUAUGGGGACCCCAUCUCCAGCAGGCUGUUUCUGUUAUUCUUUCAUCUGCAAAUGAUUCUAACUGGCGAACCAGAUCAGCAACCCUUACAUAUCUACGAACUUUUAUGUUCAGGCACACUUUCAUUCUAUCAAAUGCUGAUAAACAAAAAAUCUGGAAAACAGUGAAGAAGCUGCUCCAAGACAGCCAAGUGGAGGUAAGAGAGCAUGCAGCCGCGGUUCUAGCAGGCCUGAUGAAGGGUGGGGAUGGAGAUUUAGCUAGGGAAUUCCGUGAAAGAGCUUACACGGAGGCAAAUGCUAUUAAGAGGAGGAGAAAACAGAGGAGUACAACCGCGGGUCAGCCCAUAGCAUCUGUACAUGGUGCAGUGCUUGCCUUGGCAGCUUCUGUGUUAUCAGUUCCAUAUGACAUGCCAAGUUGGCUGCCCGAUCACGUUACGUUACUGGCACGUUUUUGUGGGGAGCCAUCACCUGUGAAAUCGACGGUGACAAAAGCAGUUGCUGAGUUCCGACGCACUCAUGCAGAUACAUGGAAUUUUCAAAAAGAUUCUUUCACUGAAGAGCAGCUUGAGGUUCUGGCAGAUACUUCUUCGUCGUCAUCGUAUUUUGCUUGAAGUAUACUUCUCUCCCUGUGAGAUAGAAGAUCAUACAGAAACAUGAGCGGUGGUAGUAGUAGGAGUGAGAAAAUUAUCAUUUUCAUUUAUUGGUUUUACUCAAAACAUUGUGAUUAACCAUUAUUCAUGAUAUGAGUUUUAUUUAAGCAUUACCUGUUAUUAUUAUUAUUGAUACAUUAUACACACAUGCCUGUUAUAAAUUUGUCAUAAGAAGCUUAUUAUUGCCCA